AUGACUUCCCACCAGCCGAAGGUUGGCCCACGGCUGAAAAUCAGCGUGCCCAACUUCAAGCGUACGGAUUUUUCUGGCGAAAUCGAGAAGCUUGGAGGGCUCCAUUCUGGUAGCAGCCGCAAGAUCCGUUCUGUUCCUCGAAGUGACCCUGACCCAUCGGCCAACAGGUUGAAGGCAUCUGCCGGGUUUCUGAGUGCCAGGGCACAGGAAGGCUACCCGGACCGAGCGCCUGAGGCGGGUGCCGGCGACUUCAAUGCGUGGCUUCGCUCCCUGGCCCCUCCAAAGGAGCCAACCAGCCCCAGUGGAGCGGAUGGAAGAGAGUUCUUGCCGCCGAAGGAUGAAGAAGAUGCGACUGCGGGUCUUCCGCUGGAGGCUUUUGACAGUCCGAUGGACUUCGAGGUCCAUACACCGGAGGAGUGGCUUGCGCUCUGCAAACAGGGCCCGACAGCAGGGAAGCCCCAGGCCGCUGUCCUGCACUAUGCAGCACAGGAAUGGCGAAUGUUGCCUUGUUGGGUUUUGGGCUACGAGGCAGCUUCAUCCCGGUACAUCGUUGAGCUGGAGGAUGGGUCUCGCAAGCAGGUGAAGAGACUUGCACUUCGCUUCAACGAGGAAGAUGCGCAGAAUUUCGCGUUGCGGGUCGAGACCUGCCGAGCGAAAAAGGCCCACUGCGAAUUGCAGCAGGCUUUCAUCCGGUUUAUUGAGUCCCAGCCGGACGAGCUCGUCUCGUCUAUGUUGCGCGACCAGAAGGAGCGUUUCAUCCGACAAGGUCUUCAUGGAAGUCACCUUGAGGAUGCCGGCAGCUUCGUGAGCCAGAUUCGUGAUCUCAUCCGAGAGAUCGAAGAGAACUACGUCCUCUCAAUGAAGUUUGCGAAGGUGAAGAACGAUCUAAUCCUGGAGAUGGGAACUCCGUAUGCCUGUGUCCGGGAUGACACGCCCUUCGCACCCCUGCUAACGAGCUUCCUGCCUACCGUGCCGCCUCAGUUUGGUCUGGUGGCCCACCAGGCUGCUGAGGAGCGAGUUCUGGACAUCGGGAGUCAGUGUGGCAUGACACCGCAGAAGAUCCUCGCACCAUCGUCGCGAUACCAUGAGUUUGUGCUCAAACUGUGGUUGCAGACGGCGAUUGGAAUUUGUCUUGCACUGCGUUCCAACUGUAGCUCGACUCUGAUUCUCCGCACUUCUGGCCUUAACCUGCUCUCCGGCGAUGCCAUGGCAGUUCCGGUUGCAGGACAUUGGAGGGGUGUUGCCGCAUGGCUGAAGGAGAAUGGUGCCACCUGCAAGCAGGUGCUUCGCUUGCUUCUGGGAACCUGGAUGGCGCUAUGUGGUGGCAGCCUCUAUGCCUUCUCCAGGUUCGAGGUGCAGAUCAUGACCAGAUGUAGUCUGACGGCGCAGCAACUGGAUGUCGUCUAUGCGGCCGGCCAGGCCGGUGUGGGUUUGGGCAUCGUCCCGGGCACACUCUUCGAUCUGUAUGGCCCGGUGGGGACAAGCCUUUAUGGUGCAGCCUUCACAGCCGCCGGGAACCUUGGCCUCGCCAGCAUGCUCAGUGGCGAUCAAUGUGGAGGUGUCUCUUCAUUGGCCACGUGGUACUUCCUGGUGCAGCAGGGCUCCGUGGCAAUUUUUCAAGCCGGCCUCUUCACGAAUAUCGUGGAAGCCCCGCCAAAGAUGCAGGGCAUUAUCACCGGCAUCGUUUCCUCGGGCUACGGCCUAUCUGCUGCCUUCGUCACUCUCCUCUUCGCUUUCUUUCAGGAGGACCUGGAUGCCUACUUCAAGGGAACUGCAUUGCUUUUCUCUGCCACUGGCCUGGUGGCUGCUUGCACUAUGCCGCUGCUUCGUGGCGGGUCUCGUGCAACCGCCUAUGGUCGCUUAGAACACAAGGACGAGGCUGGGGGACGCUCACCACCACCAGCCACAACGUACGGGCGCCAAGAGCAAGAGGAGCUUCCGGAAGCCGCUCCAGCUCCUGCAUCUCCUUCGCCAUCACUGAGCCGCCGCGAUAUCUUGUGCCGGGCUGAUUUCUGGCUGUUUCUGCUGCCCUUUGUCCUGGUCCAAAGCAUUGGCUCUGGCCUCUACAUCGCCAAUCUCUCGCUGAUCGGGGACUCGCUGGGUAUCUCACCAGAGAGUCGGCCAGUUUAUGUUCGCACCGUGUCGUACUGCAACUCUCUGGGUCGCAUCUUCAGUGGUCUGGCCAUGGACACAUUGGAGCCGCGAGGCAUCCAUCGGUCGGACCAUAUCCUCCUGAGUGCUUUUGCCGUGAUUCUGGCCUCUGUUGCUCUCUUCAUGCUCCCGGAGGAGAUUGUCCCUGCUAUGCUUCUGCCGGCGUUGGCAGUGAUUGCUGCGGCAUAUGGCUCCAAUUGGGCAAUCAUGCCGUCGUACAUAUCCAAGCGGUUUUACGGUUCGCACGUUGGUGUGAUGUUUAACAUCCACAGUGGCCACAUCGCGCUGGCCGUGCUGCUGACAUCCUACGCGGUGGGAGGUCUCUACGAUGCUCAGGCCGAGCUGCAAGGCGAAGGCAGCUUUUGCCACGGCACCACAUGCUGGCGUCCGGCGUUUGCCAUGGGCUUGAUUGUACAGGCCGUGGCGCUGGCAGUUGCCCUGCUCCUUAUGUGGAAGGUUCGUCGUCCACAAAUCUCUGAGUCCAAAGCCGCCUCUGAGAAGACCUGCCACGAGAAGUGA